AUGAUGCUGAGAACUCCUCCACCAAAGAGGCGACGUGCCGACGCUGAUACAGAUGCCGUGGCCGAGGUUAACCACCAGGUCGUGAUCUACGAGGAUCCACCGGAGGAACCCUCCGUUUCCGAGCACAUGCUAUGCACCUAUCAGUGUCGUCAAAUGGUCAAAUCGGAUUUUCUAGAUGCAUUAACUAAAGCUGAAAAUCAAGUUCGUGAUUAUCAAUCUCAAUUGGAGACACUCGAUGAUAAUUUCAAAAAAGUUGAUACUGACAAGAAGAAAUUUAUGGACCAGUUCUUGUACACUGAACAGGAACUCGCUGCCGCAAAAGCCCGUGAAAAGGCUCUACAGGAUCAACUUUUGAAAGAGGUUACCGAUUCUCAAGAAACAUUCAGAAAACAUAUACACUUGAACACUGAACUCCAGGUUAAGCUCCAAAAUGAGACUAACCUUCGCAUGAAAGCUGAGUCUCGUGCUGCUUCAGCUGAAGAGAAAGCAACAUCUUUAGAAGGGAGGUUGGGCCGUCUUUCAGACAGCGUAGAGAGAGAUAAAAGGAGAGUUCAGGAUGAUCAUUUACAACUGGAAACUGACUCAAAGUUUUCUAUUUCUAGAAUAACUGCAAAUCUUGAACAAAUGGAGUGCAGAGCUAAUAAUGCGGAGAGAGAAGCAAAGCUGCUAAAAGAGCAACUGGACCAUCUUCAGGACCAAUUCAACGAGUGUUUGCACCAGAAGAUUGAAGUUGAAAAGAAACUAGCAAUUUCUUCAUCUCAACAAGGUUCUUCUUCAGAGAGUAGUGUUUUGGUUAAGCAAUUGCAACAAGAGCUUCAACACUAUGAAACUGAAGUAAGGGAAGCAAGAAAACUAAAAUCAAAUCAUGAGGGCGUUGAGCUUUUGAAGGAGAAACUGCUGGAGGAAAAGAGCCGCCGUGAAAGGGCACAAUCAGAGUUAUCUAAAUUACAGGAUGUCCAGUCAAAUAUGAAGAAGUUAGAGGAUCAAAUAUCAUCUUGGAGAUCGAUGAUUAAAGACAUACCUGGCAUCUCAUGUUUUGAGGACAUGCCUGCUAAAUUUGCAGCUUUACAGAAAGAGGCAAUUUAUAGCACACAGAAGGAGGGUGAAGGCAGUAGUCGCUUGAAACAACUGGAGGUGGCUUUGGAUGCUGCUGAGAUUGGUAAACAAAAUGCCGAAACUGAGGCUGUGUUGGCCAAAGAGAAAGCAGAAGUAUUAAAAUCAGAGAUUAAACAGAUUGAAUUAACGCUUGCAGUUGUUACAGAGGAAAGAAACAAAUUAAGAAUUCUUGCCAAAUUGAAGAAUGGUGAAGCUGGAGAUGAAUCAAGUAGUGCUAAUCCCAUUCAGGAACUUGAAUCAUCUCUUAUGAAGAAAGAUGAGUAUAUCAAAGAACUAGAAAGCACCCUAAACGAGCUGAGAGUGGUUAAUAAUCGCCAACAUGAGGAAAUAAAGAUACUCAACGAUAAAUUGCACAAUGAAGCAAGAAGAAUAAAGUCAUUGGAGAGGGAGAGUGACCGGCUUCGCUCAGAGAUAUCAUUAUUAGAGGCAAAGUUGGGUCAUGGAGAUUUUUCUUCUGCUAGUACAAAAGUUCUGCGGAUGGUAAAUACACUUACUGUAGAUAACGAAGCCAAACAAACUAUCGAAGCUCUGCAAAAUGAACUGCAGAAAACAAAAGAGAAAUUAAAAGCUGUCGAAGAAUUGAAGAGUCAAUCAGGAGAAACUGGAAAGCUGGUAGAUAGCUACAUUUCAGAUAAGAUAUUGAAACUGAAAGAACAAAUUGCAACACUGGAGAAGCGAGAAGAGAGAUACAAGACUGUGUUUGCAGACAGAAUUUCAGUUUUUCGGAGGGCAUGCUGUGAGAUUUUUGGUUACAAGAUUGUGAUGGAUGAACACCAACGACCAAAUGGAAUCCCAGUGACACGAUUUACGUUGCAAUCAAUUUAUGCACAAAGUGAUGAUGAAAAACUUGAAUUUGAAUAUGAAUCAGGGAAUACCAAUAUUUUGGUGAAUCAUUACACAUCUCAGCCUGAUGUAUCUCGUCAGGUUGAUAUAUUCAUUAGGAAAAUGAAUUCAAUUCCUGCUUUUACUGCCAACAUAACAGUGGAGUCUUUCAAUAGAAGAACAUUGUCUUAA